AUGACUUUCACUGCUGAUGAUUGCCUCGGGGUCCAAUACAAACACGAAGAUACACUGGUAAUCUCGAUGUACCACACCAACCACAACGUUCAUAGAUUACUGAUCGACGGAGGGAGUUCCUUCAACAUCAUCUUCAAGAAUUUAUUUGAACAACUGAUCCUCGAGGAAGCCGAGGAAUCCAUAACAAAACUCAGUUACCCACUGAUCAGAUUCAACGGAUCCGCAACGGUUCCCCGAGGAAAGAUCACAUUACUAGUCACAAUCGGCAAAGGCCAAGCCGCGAGGAACAUCCGAGAGGAAUUCUUAGUGAUGGAUUGCGGCUCAGUGUACAAUGUCAUCAUGGGACGAACCAUGAUCCACAAAAUGCAAGCAAUCCCAUCUACAUACCAUCAGAUGAUGAUAUACGUCUCGGACGCAGGCUUCGCCGAGCGAGUAAAAGGAGAUCAGGAGGUCGCAAGGAGAACUGGCCAUACUGCUAUCGCCGAGACUGGGAGAUGGUUCCGAAGACGAUGA